GUGGAAACAAUACUGCAGCAGUCAAAGACCCGUAUCUACUCGCCAAUCUGAUACGCGACCGUCACAAGAACUUUCAGGGUGCUCCUGCACCUCUCUCUUACACACACGCACCAUCUCGAUUCUUAGCACCACAUUCACUUCCGCGCCUCGCUAUCGCUUAUAUAUCUAGACAGACUAAGAUUUUACACCACCAAGAAAUUCGCAAAUACAAUCCAAAGCCCCACAAUCCCGCCCACACUGCGCAACAGUUACGAUGCCACUGAACAAUGGCGCCAAGGCAGCGAACGAGCACCUCAUCUUCGUUAAGAACGUACCCGGCUACACCGAGACAGAGGAGUUGAAACGAAUGUACGAAAACUACAAUCCGACAAGUCUUAAGAACGUCUAUCCGAACAGCAAUGUUACCACGAUCGUCGUCGGCUUCCGCACCAAAGCCGAAGCAACGCGUGCUCAAGAGGAGACAGACCAGACGCGCAUAGCGAACGUCAUUCUCAAAGUGGAGAUGUACAAUCAGCGACAGUCGGUGAGAUACCUGCGGGAUCAAGGGCAAGCGAAUCGGUCACUGGGACAGGUGGAGCAGGACGAACCAGGAUACUUCGACGAGCCAGCGCAAGAAGACGCGCCGUUCUUCACGCCACCUCUAGAACCAUACGUUGCGAGAGAUCCCGCUGCGGCGCCGCAGGGCACCACGUGGGCCGAUGUCGCUGGCAAUCGACUUGUUCCGGUCAAAGAGGCGCGAAAGCUAAACGGCACAGACAGCCCAGAUACCGUACCAUCAACACCUACAUACACUCCUCGCGUGCCAAUAGCUGUCCCACAGAAGCUCCUCCCGCCCGGCCAACAGCAGCCUGGAAGCUCACCACCCCCAGCAGCUGUCUCACUAGGAGACAGCACUCCCGAAGCCCUGCCCAUCCUGCCACCUCGCAGCGUCGUUAGCACAAACACAGACACCAUUAACGAGACCGAAGACCGCGAUAGAACGAUUAGCGAUAUUGCGAUCUGGCAAGCGACUACACAAUGGGCGACCGAGCGCGGUAGCUACCAAGCCAUACUCCAAGAAGUAGAGCCUAUCGAUACUACAGCGCGUAUUCAGCAACGACACUGUCGGGACUGCGUGUUUUGUCAGAUGCGGAAUAGAUCUUAG